CUGACUCAUUCGAACUGCUGCGCCGGGAAGACAAACUAUUGAUGCACAUCUAUUUAUAUAGAUUCGGAGCAACAGAGUCGCGAGAGGGCGAGUUUACCAAUUAUAGCAAAUGCGGGCUGAGUGCUGGACACAUUCACAGCUGGACAGUUAAAAAAAGGCUCGGAAACUGGCAGAGAGCCCUUUGCAAAUACAAAAGAAGCGCUGACUGCAUGUGUUCGCUUCACAUAAAUUGCGCGCGGACGGUAAAUUUCGAAGGCAAUACAACCUAAAUCCAUAACCACUUUCACCACGAGAACUUUAUUCCACGGACGAUUGAAACCUAUUAGUUGGAGGUGCACUGUAGAGAAAUAAAGACCGCGCGGAUCCUGUGUCCAUCUAUCGUUCUAAUACAGUAUCUACAACAUCAUAUUUUUUGGCUGAUUCUUGUGUAAAUAGGCAUGUUAAUGUAUGAAGAUUUGCAUAAUUAAAGUAUAAUAGUUUUUAAUAAAAAAAACACUUUAUACAUACUUACAUGCGUAUUCUAAUACAUGCAUUCAACACGGAAUGCUAAAGCACAGAAAAAUACUAUCUUAAAUCCAAAAAGAAUAUAACUAUCCGAACGUAAAAAGGAUAAUGGGCUAUAUGUCCACGGGUCCUCCUAGAUUAAACUGAAUGUGAUACGCAAAAAUUGCCAGCAGACGUUUGGAAGUACCACGCUUUAUUCGAGGACCACAGCUACUCAGCCGAUUGGUCGAUAUGAAAGCAAUUUCUGCGGGCAGCGCUUAAAUUGGCAGAGGCGAAAGUAGUACCGGGAAGACUGGAGGUCCGCAGCGAGGCGAUGUGAUGUGCCUGUGUGCGCUCUCCUCGUGCUUCUGACUAGGCGCGCGAGAGUGAAUGUGCUGGCUGUCAUCGCUGGCGCGUUCCGUCCUGCAGCAGUUGAGCUCGCUCGAGCGCUCCUAAAUAGAGUUCGGCGGCACAGAUGUGUUGGAGCAAGCUUUGGCGUAUCCUCGUGUUCACCGCGACAGACACAAAAACAAUAACAUGGAUUUCGUUUUGAGAGUUGUUUUUCGGUGAAACGAUGGCUCCGUAGCCCUCGGUAAUAGCGUGUAAAACAAUGGGAGACGGGCUUUCGGCUAAACACACGGCCCCCCCCGUUGGCUUGCUGUUGAAUGCGGUUCUGGAUGCGCUGUCCCAGGUACUGAAUUGCCGAGCUUGUCGGGUGUCUGCGACGCGCGCUUCGAGCUGUGUCUGAACGUGGUUUUCAGAUGAGACAGGCGGUGGACUCGUGAAUGCUAAAUAAUCGCACGCGGGUACCCGGUUAAUACACCCUCCUGAAAGUAAAUGGGAUUUCACGUCCUCCGAUUGUUUGAAGGAUGGAGAGAUUUUCCCUGCCUGCCGCGCUGGUGCUGGUUCUGACCUGUCUCGACUUGUCUUUGGUUUCAGCAGACAGCUUGACGGCGCCGGUCAACGUCACGAUCAAGGCUCUGAAGGCCAACUCCGCCGUGGUGACCUGGGACAUCCCCGAGGGGGAUCCCGUCAUCGGCUUCGCCAUCACCCAGCAGAAGAAGGAUGUGCGUAUGCUGCGGUUCAUCCAGGAAGUGAACACCACCACACGCUCCUGUGCAUUAUGGGACUUGGAGGAAGAGACGGACUACAUUGUGCACGUUCAGUACCUCAGCAUGAGCGGGCCCAGCCCGCCAAGCGAAGCCCUGCACUUCCGCACCCCAAAGGAGGCUGAGCAGCUGGCCUCCAAGAGCAAAGACGAGGUGAAGAUGGAGGGAGUGGGGCAGACCACUCAGCUGAGGGCGGGGGAGCUGAUCAUCAUCGUGGUGGUGCUGAUCAUGUGGGCAGGUGUGAUCGCCCUCUUCUGUCGCCAGUAUGACAUCAUCAAAGACAACGAGCCCAACAACAACAAGGACAAAGCCAAGAACUCGUCAGAGUGCAGUACCCCCGAGCACCCGACGGGGGGGCUGCUGCGCAGUAAGUUCCCCAAGAACAACCGUAAGCCGUCUGUGAACAUCAUUGAGGUGUGACUGCUCAUUCUUCCGCGCUGCGAGACUUGACUCAGUCCAGAUCUUGCGUCGGAAAAACGACGAUGAGACAAAAACAAAAAGUAACGAAGAGACUUGCUUGAAUAAACCGGGCCCCCUUCUGCUGCUGCUGCUGCUGCUGCUGCUGUUGCUCGGCAUGCUGGGAAAAAGCCGGGAAUUCUGGGAAUGUCCUCCCUGCCCAGCCGGAAGAAGGUGAAGAUUCUCUGGGUUAACGGGAACCCCGGGCCAGGUUGGAGCGUUAGGCUUGAAGUGGGGGGCCCUCUCGGCGAAGAGACAAUGGGUGGAUUUUGUGGUUCCACUCCUCUGUGGAGCUUUGGGGGAGACCAGGACAAAGCCAUUGACUAUGGGAAGUUGGAAGGGGGGGGCAAGAAAUGAGGCAUAAGGAAGGGGGGGUACAGAUAAUGGGUAGAAGGACCCUUUUCCUCACCCUUGCACGCUGUUACCGCUAAACUCGCAAAUCCAAUCCCCCCCCCCCCCCCCCC